GUUAAUUCUUUUCAACUCUUCUGCACAUAUUGAACUAUUAACUCUUGAUUUUAUUACUCCACAGAGUAACCCCCCUUUGCCAAGGCGUAACUGUUGAUUUCAUUCCUCCCCAGGAGCAGUCCCUUGCAGGGGCUCCCUAUAGGGCCACCCAGCACAUCAACAUUGAAUGACUGCAAGGCAUCAGAAAGAGACCUAUCAAGGCAAAGCCUGGCAUCACUAACCCCCAUUGCAAAGAAAAUUGACUCCUGAUUUACAGUAGUUCCUUCUCCCCAGCGGUAGAGAUGUAAUGAGAGUCAAUAUGCGGCAAGUCACUGUAAGUUAAGAUACACAAGGCACUCAAUUUUGGCGCAACAUACAAGAAACGGCGAUGUUUGGUAUUAAGCCCAGCUAGUUGAAUUUUGCUUGGUGUAAAUUUGUGGUCAACGACUGUGUCAGGCGCAUGGGAUUCAACAAGUGCUGCUUGGCUUUCAUAUUGAGAGGCGCAAAAGCCUAUGCAAGUUUGAUCAAUCAAUUGUUUGUCUUGUGAUGGUUUAGAUGCUGAGCCGCAAAGGCAACAUAAUUAUGCCGUCCGCGCACCGACUGCAUUUGAUUUGGAUCAGUUGAAACAGAUAAACUUGCAGCUUGGAGUUGAUGUUGGGCAUGUGCCCACUUUAGUUUCUUCCCAUCACAUUAUCCGACUCAAUUCAAACAUGCUCAAAGUCGUUCUGUUGUUUCACAUGAUUUUUGAUUCGAGAGGCUUAAAGAAUAUCCACGGGGAGCGACAACCGAAUCACCUGUAGACACAGGAUUGAGGGACUUGCUUCUACUGCGGUUCGUUCCCAAAUAAAUCCAAGCGUUUCACCAAACAUUUUGAGAUGCACAUGUUGAAGUUGAAGUAUGUUUCUGCCCAAGGCCCUCUACUUUGCUUCCGUGCUGGUGGCCGCAGUUUCUUCCCUGGUGGGCGGACAACGUUCAUGGUUGAAGGGCUCAUGGUCUUUGGGAUUUCUGCAGCUUCUCUUCGUUUGGCUGUUAGGCACACGCUGUGCCAAAUUGCUGGUACAAAAUUGGAAGCAUCUUCCGAUUCCUGCAGCGGCUGAUGGGACGACCUUCGCCAUCCUUGCCGCCUUGAGAUCCUCUUUGAAUGGCUUUGGUGGGCCGCUGUCUGCAGCUCUAUUGCUGGCCUAUCGACAUUGGGCAAGUGUUUCGACAGGGGAACAGCCAGACGGCUUGGCAAGCUUUUUACCGGCACUCCGGGACGCUUCGCUCUUGGUCUUACUGCACCGUUUGCUGAAAGCUGGACAGACAGCUGGGGAGCUCAUGUAUAGCAGUCGGAUCCUCUCCACUCAGCGGCGGGAACUGUGGCAGAACACCCGAGAGCGCCGAGUUAUUGCAAGCCUUUUGACGGGCACACUGCAACAACGAAGUGGAGAAGAGUCAGAGGUCUCAGCCCCUGAGCCGUUGGAUGAGCAAGCGCCCUUGGCCUUUGAGCGGGCCUGUGCUGAGCUGAUCACAGCUGGCAGCCCAGGAUCAGAUGUGUGGCUCAGCAUGGUAAAGCUCUCUGAAGAACCCACGGAGGACAGCGACAGCUCUGCUUCGGAAGAGCAUAGUCCAACGCGCCGAGGACAAGCAGAUCUCCUCCGACAGGAGGGCAUUAUUUGUGAGCCAAAGAUGGUAGCCAAGGGUGCCGCAGCUCUCUUCAAACGUCUGGUGCCAGAAGGGCGCUUGAGCUACGCGACGUUGUGCUCCAAGCUGCAAGAUGCGACAGAGAGUGAAAGAUUCUGGCAGCUCCUGGAAGCACUGGAUGUACCAGCCAAUUUCAAAAAGCCACGGCCACAUCGAGCGCUGUCUCGCGCCAACACGGCCCCACUGGACGAGGCCACACCGAAAUCACAUGGGAAGCUGGCCCACACCAAGUCGAGCGGUCAUAUAGAGAUCAGUGUGGGCGAGGAUGCUUUUGUGCAGCUGGUGGUCUCCACAUACAAGGAUGCUGCACGAUUGGUGUCAAACGUAGGGGAGCACUCAGCGAUUUUUGCGCUUUUUUGCAGUGUGCUGCGCCUCUGUCGAGUGCUGUUGGUCUCCAUGGCCGCCCUCGGUCGCUUUGCUCCGACAUCCUUGAUGCAGACGCUGUCCUGGCUAAUUUCCUCUGUGCUGCUUGCUGUUUCAUUCGCAUGGGGACCUGUAUUGCUGGACGUGAUGCAGUCACUGGUUUUGCUGCUCCAUGUGUGCCCCUUCGACACUGGGGACCGCAUUGUUUUUCGUGGACAGAUCCUCACUGUGGCACAUAUCAAGCUGCUGAACACUGUUUUCCGGGACGUCUAUGAUGAGGAGAUCUACAUUCGCAAUGCAGCCUUGUAUGCUGGCGAUGGGAUCAUCAACCUCCGCCGCUCUGGGCCCGCCUAUGUGGCCAUCACCCUGAUGAUUCCCUUGACAUUUGCACGAAAGGAGAUCUUCAAAGCGCUGACAGUGGCAGCCAGGAACUAUGUUAUGUCUCAUCCAGAGACCUGGCGGGACCCGGUCACCUGUGGCUUCUAUCCAACGCAGCAAGGCUCGGGUGGUGUUGAGGUGCACAUGGAGUCCUUUCCUUCGCAAGCCCUACGCUGGCGGGUAGGGCUUUCCCACCAACUGUCCAAGCUACACUCAGGGCAAGUCAGGAGUGAUGCCUCGCAAUUUCUAACGGAGUUGAUCGAAGAGGCUGUGAAGUUGGGCAUUGAAUGGCCAGUUGGUCAGGAGCAUGGCACUGUCGAGGAACCAGCCUGAUGCUGGCAUGAGGAAAGCGCAACUCUACAUCGAUUGUUUGGUUGCUUCUAAACUCUUGUUGCCGAGUCCCACAAAGAUGGGUUGCGGUUGAAUUGUCGUAGCAACCCGUGUACAGUGCAAUGCCAUGCAUCGUUUUCAGUCAAAAGAUGUGCAGCAGCUUUG